GUGUUUUGGUUUGGAGGUUUUCUGUAGAUUACCAUAGGUGUGUGGAGCCCAAGACUGGACCUUUGCUUUGCUGGCUUCGAGCCUUCGAGCUCUCCAUUGUUGGUCUUUUAUGGGUCUUGUCUGCUGAGAGAAACAAGAGAGUCACCAUUUCAUCUUUCAAUUAUCUCAUCACUCGUUGAAGCUUGAAACCAACCAAAUCAAACACCAAAUCCCAACUUUUUUUCCCUUUGAUUAGAUUGAUCCAUAGAUCUGCUAAUUCAAAGUUCCAUACCCCGCAUGAAGUUUCUUUUCUAUUCCCAGAUCUUCCUUUUCAAGUAUACAACCCCAAGUGGUCUAAUUUAAAGUGUUCCUGUGUUGCGUUGAGAAUUAAAGGAGGAUAUAGGGCUCACCCGCCAGAUUUCUAGGGCCUGUUUUACAUGAGUAUUUGGUGGGUGUUGUGGAUGAGAUGAGGGAUGUUAUCUGGAUUGAUGAAUUUUUUGAGGGCCUGUUUUCGACCGAGUUCAGUUCGAUACGUUCACACAAGUUCUGAAGCGGGAGGUCGCCAAGAUGGCCUUUUGUGGUACAAGGACUCGGGGCAGCACAUCAAUGGUGAUUUCUCAAUGGCAGUGGUUCAGGCCAACAAUCUACUUGAGGACCAGAGCCAGCUGGAGUCUGGUUGUUUGAGUUCACACGAGUUGGGUCCCUAUGGUACUUUUGUUGGUGUAUAUGAUGGGCAUGGCGGCCCAGAGACUUCACGAUACAUCAACGACCAUCUCUUUCAACAUCUAAAGCGAUUCACUUCAGAGCAACAAGGGAUGUCAGUUGAUGUGAUACGGAAAGCAUAUCAAGCAACAGAAGAGGGUUUUUUGUCCCUCGUUACCAAACAGUGGCCUAUGAAACCGCAAAUCGCAGCUGUUGGAUCCUGCUGCCUGGUUGGUGUUAUCUGUGGUGGAACUCUUUAUGUCGCCAAUCUUGGUGAUUCCCGUGCUGUCUUGGGGAGAGCUGUGAAGGCGACGGGGGAGGUUCUAGCCAUCCAGCUGUCGGCUGAGCAUAAUGUGUGUAUAGAGUCCGUAAGGCAGGAGAUGCAGUCACUGCACCCUGAUGACUCGCAAAUUGUAGUUUUGAAGCAUAAUGUAUGGCGUGUAAAAGGUCUCAUACAGAUUUCCAGGUCCAUUGGUGAUGUAUAUUUGAAAAAGGCUGAGUUCAACAGAGAGCCUUUAUAUCAAAAGUUCCGCCUUCGUGAACCUUUUAAAAAGCCAAUAUUGAGUGCAGACCCAGCAAUAUCAGUGCACCAGCUGCAACCACAAGAUCAAUUCGUGAUAUUUGCAUCAGAUGGUCUCUGGGAGCACCUAAGUAAUCAAGAAGCUGUUGAUAUAGUUCAAAAUCAUACACGAAGUGGAACUGCAAAGAGGCUGGUAAAAACUGCUCUACAAGAAGCAGCAAAGAAGAGAGAAAUGAGAUAUUCCGACUUGAAGAAGAUUGACCGUGGCGUCCGCCGGCAUUUCCACGACGACAUCACGGUAAUUGUGGUGUUUCUUGACUCGAACCUCGUAAGCAGGGCUAGCUUGGUUAAGGGCCCGUAUCUAUCGGUUAGAGGGGGAGGAGUUAACUUCCCUCCCAGUAUAUUGGCUCCUUGUGCCACACCAACCGAAGCUGGUGGCACCUGAUCAUAUAUGCAUAAAUCUCAUGUUUUCUCUUUGUUGUAUCAUUUUCUUUUGUGAAUAUCAGGUAGCUUCCGAUAAGCAAUAAACACGGGGCGAACCUUUGAUUCUUUAAUGUACACCGUAACUUUUAACUUGAAACUAAUACCCGCAUUUAGCUUCUUGUAUGUCGAAAAACUCGAAAGAACUAGAGAAAGAGUAC